CAGAGUGGACAGGAAUCCAGACGCACAGUGGGCACGGACGGAGGAAGACAAUGGUGCAACAAGGCGUUCAGACCCAGGCUGGGAUGCUGUUUGUGGUUCUCUGUCUGCACAUGGGAGCAGCUACUGCAGGCAUGCUGAAAGUUGACAUGAACUUGGAUGGCAAUGGGGGGGGCGGGGACACCAUCAGCCACUCCCUGACCCUGGUGAAGCGUCUGGAGGCGCUGCUGCUUCAGGGGAACGGCAGUGACCUGUCUCUCCGGGUGGAGACCCCCAGCGCGGACGAGGUGAAGGUGAUCCAGGCUCACUCUCUGGUGCUCUCCCUGCAGAGCCCCGUGUUCGAGGAGAUCCUGCUAAGCCGCAACAGCAGCAAGCUGGUCCUGAAGGAGGGCUCCGACUGUGCAGCUGUGUUUGAUAAGUUCAUCAGGUAUCUGUAUUGCGGAGAGAUUUCACUGCGUCUGGACCAGGCAACCCCUUUACACAAGCUGGCCACUAAGUACCAAGUGACAGGCCUCCAGCAGGGCAUCACCCAGUACAUGACGCAGAAUCUGGCCCGGGAGUCCACCUCAGGCCACGUGGCGGGCUGGUAUGAGUACGCCGUGCAGGCCGGGGACGUGACUCUGAGGGACAGCUGCAUUCAGUUUAUGGCGUGGAACCUAUCGUCGGUGUUGCAGAGCGGGGAGUGGGUGACCAUCAGCAGCCAGCUGCUCAUGUCCCUGCUUCAGCGGUCAGACCUGAUCCUGCAGAGUGAGAUGGAGCUCUUUGCCGGGCUGGAGGCCUGGAUUAUUCAGAAUGAGCCGGACGGUCUGACAGCGGAGAACGCUUUGAGAGCGGUGCGUUACGCCAUGAUGCCGCCACGAGAGCUCUUCCGCCUGCAGACCCAGUCGGCCAUCUUGGCUCGCUAUCAAGAGUCGGUGCGCGACCUGCUCUACAUGUCCUACCAGUUUCACUCUGCGUCACCAAUGCAAAUGGCCAAGUACUUUGAUGUGAACUGUAGCCUCUUCAUGCCUAGGAACUACCUGUCCCCAGUGUGGGGGUCUCCCUGGAUCAUCAACAACCCCUCACGAGACGAUCGGAGCACCAGCUUCCAGACGCAGCUGGGGCCCAGCGGGCACGACUCCAGCAAACGGGUGACCUGGAACGCCCUGUUCUCGCCACGCUGGUUACCGCUCAGCAUGAGGCCGAUGUAUACAGAUUCGGGCGCCAUGCAGCCGACACGUGUGGACGGAGGUCGCCCUCGCAUCAUUAUCACGCCGGCCACGUCCAGCGCAGAAUUCGCCGGAGUUAACUUCCAGAAGACGGUGAUUGUGAUGGCUCAGCAGCAGGGGAAGGUGGUGGUGAAACACGUCUACAACUUCCACCAGAGUACGGAAGAAAAUGGGGAUUUCUUGGCUGAAGCCGACCUGUACCGCCGGACGUCUGAAUACCUCAUCGACAGCUCCCUCUUCCUCCAUAUUGUGGUGAAACCUCUGUACCAAAGCCUCAUAACCAGCAAGAACUGACCCUCUACCAAACACAAUCCAACCAUGUGAAGCAACAUCUCAUAUCACAUCGUGGGGAUCUGAAACCUCUUUGAGUGUGAUGUUUGGACCAUUUGUCUUGUCUCAUGUUAUUGCUGUUUCAUUGGGCAAUUACCACACCAAAGCUUUAUGUAUUACUGCUUGAGAGCAUUUUUAAAUAUUGGAACAUGUUUCAAAGGAUAAGCCUGGUGUUAUUAUACAUUUUUUAAAUCCCAUUGAUCAAAGUCUGAUGUGCCCUAGAGCUCCAUUGUUGUCCAAAAACUAUUAAAAACACAUCAAAGAGCCACACUCCCUUUAGUAUUUUUGACUCAAUCACACAUCCACGUCCUGUUGCCCCAAUUACUCACCAGAGCAUCAAAUAUAGAUCAAUCCGCCACUGAAAGUAGACCCCAACAAAUGCACUAUUGCAUCCCGGUUGAGGUUUUUUGCAAGUAAUCUAAAAUGCCCAAAGUUUUAAGGGCAUUACAAUGUCUUUCUAUUUUUUUUUAUUAGAGUCUUUAUUUGUAAGCUGUCUGUAAAGCUUUCUCUUAGAACUGAUGUUCUUGGUGCUGUAAACCUAAAAAACUGUCGGUUUUGGUCUUUUCAUGGAAUUUGCUGUCAAAAAGAAAAAUAUGUAAUAUCACCAGCUGCAUCUUUUAUGUUUGCGGUUCGGUUCCUGUUACAUUUUAUUUGUAUUUUUGUUUUUAAUAUUGGUGCUAAUAUCCCUAAUUUGCAAUUAAGGGGUCACAGUUGUCAUUCAAAACCCUGAAAGCACCAAUUUGCUGAUUGAAAAACAAUCACUAAAUCCGUGCUUUCUGGGCACCAAAUGUAAUCCUGUUGAACUUCAGGUGCUCCAACAGGCCCGUUUUUACUCUUUACUUUUAAUGUAUUUAUAAAACUACUCGUAUAAGCCUUCACACCAGAGUACUGUAGC